CCUCCUUACCUUGUCAAUACCCGUCUCUCCUUCUUCUUUCUCUCUCUCUCGGGGUCAAAGAUUAGGUGCUGCUCCUGAUACUGUGAAUUGUUGGGAAAAAUGAGGCUGCUAACACACAAUAUGCUGUCAUCAAACAUAAAGGGUGUGGUAAAUGGAUUCCCCCUGCGCAUUGAAGCUGAGAAAGUGGUGGAAAAGAAUGUAGAAAUGAAUGGUGAGUUUCUAAGAAAGAUGUUUGAGAAGAUUGAUUGGAAGGCUUUUGUGGAUGCAUCACGGACAAUGGGAUAUAGUGAGCUACCUGAGGAGGCUGAUUCUUCCAUGCUGGAUUCCGAUGAAUUUCUGAACAGGUUUCACCAUGCCCUUUUGGAACUCCACCUUGAAGAGGGUGCCCUUAUUUGCCCUGAGACUGGACGACGCUUUCCUGUUAACAAGGGCAUUCCAAAUAUGCUUCUUCAUGAGGAUGAGGUCUGAAUCUUGUUAUUAAUCAAUUAUCACCUUCACCUGUUUAGUGGCACUCCCCUGUUUGCUAUGUUCUUUGACAAUGUAGUUAAAGAUUCCAGUAAUGAAAAGAAUUCCAUGGCAAUUAUAGUUUUGAUAAUCAAGUUUUCCUUAUUUUGUUGCCUAAUGUUGUAUCCUCUUGGGUGGGUAUGUAGCUAUUUCCAACUGCAUGUUACAUAAACUGCAGCAAUAACAUCUAAGG